AGAGAAUGGAUGUACAGAGACAAUGGUGAGUCAAAAGAGGAGUGUCAUUCGGUGAGGGAUCCGAAGAGGCAGGGACUGCGUGAGAGGCUGUGCGGCGGUGGCGCCGAGGCCAAGCCAACAACGUCUCCAAUGCUUCCAUCUUCCCUAAAAUACUGAAAUAAAGCACCGUCGCUCUCUAUUCUGAACCUCCUUCUUCUUCGCCAUCACUUCUUCAUCUGCGUUGACCGCGACGACGGCGGGCUGUCCUCUGCUGUUUACGACCUCCCUAACUUCGCUACAUCACCGCCACUGACUCUACCCACUAUUGGGCCUUCCUCUCGAGAGUGUGCCCGUCAUGGCAUCCUACCCAGCAUACGACAGCAAUCGAGCAUCUCCCGUAAACGUCCUUUACCCAAACGGUAGACCCAACCCGAACGGACAGUCUUACCCUCCGUUCGCAAGCGACCCUCGCUACGACUCGAGCAGAGACUCUCUAGCCAGCAUAGAUGAUGCCAGCACAAAUACAUACAAGAAUCAGAAGAAUGGCGAAGUAAUUGUGGACAUGCGCGAGCUCUCGCGCACCCCAAGUCCAACGCCGAGCGAGGCCAAGGAGCUCGAAAAGAGCGGCGUGUUCGACCUGAAGGCGAUGAUGAAUUGGAGAUUCUGGAUCAGGAAGGAGUGGGCCUGGUACUAUAUCGCCUUCAUCGUCGCUCUCGUCGUAGUAAUAUUAUUUACGGUAUAUCAUGAUACAAUCGUGAGGUGGUUGCAGCCGGCUGCCACUUGGAUGCACAAUCUCAAGUUUGGGUGGCUGAUACCCAUAGCCGUCUUCUUUGUAAUAUCAUUCCCUCCGCUCUUUGGUCACGAGAUCGUUGCUAUCGUGUGCGGUCUGGUCUGGGGUCUAUGGAUUGGCUUCGCGAUUGUCGCAGCAGGAACAUUCUUGGGAGAACUCGGUAAUUUCUAUGCUUUCAAAUACUGCUGUACCACACGGGGCGAGAAGUUCGAGCGUACAAAGAUAUCCUAUGCCUGCCUUGCAAAGGUGGUGCGCGAGGGUGGGUUUAAAAUCGCUUUAAUCGCGCGUUUCAGUGCAAUCCCCGGGCAUUUCACAACGGCCGUCUUCGCGACAUGUGGUAUGCAUGUAUUGACCUUCAUGCUUGCCGCUGCGCUGUCAUUACCGAAGCAAUUCAUCACUGUGUACCUCGGAGUGGCCAUGGAGCAGUCCGAGACUGGCGGUGGGAGCAAGAACGAUACUAUCGUCAAGGACGCCGUUGUCGGCAUCAGCGUCGUCGUCACGUUUAUAGCUAUGUGGUACAUAUACCAUCUCAUGAACAAGGUCAAGCCGGAGGUCAUCCACGAGCGACGGAAAGCACGACAAGCCAAGAUGAUGGCCGCCAUCGGCGAAGGCCCCUACAACAACCCCACAAUGCUACAGUCCUCCACCUCAGUCGCCUUCAACCCGAACACCUCCGAGUCCGAAAUCCCGCUCAACCCGCAGGUGCACCAGCAAUGGGACGAGAACGGGCGCGCAGUCGGGUACGCGGGCGAUCCGAACCUGUACGUGCCCAAGCCCGUGCGCGCACAGCCGCGCCAGCCCGCAUUCGCGACGACCUUCCGCCCACAGCAACAGCAGCAGCAACAGCAACAGCGCGCGGACUCGCUCGGGAGCACGUACCAGAUGAGCGAGCGCACGGCGUACCAGCCCGUCCGCCAUGGCACGGACAGCUCGCAAUCGCCGACGAUGAACGCGCAGCCACACGUGAGCGGCACCGAGCCGGCACUGCCCAACCCCUUCGGAGAUUCCAUGCGCCCGCCAUCACGACCGAUGUACACCGCGAGCCCGCCACCGAUCGUUCCGUUCGCGCCUGCAUCCUCGUCGCGCCCGCAUACGCCACAGACGGCGCCCGGCACGUUCAACUCAUUCGCAACGCCCACGCAGGCGCAGUUUUCGCUCGGGCCCGCGCCCGCCAGUGCGCCCCUGCCCUUUCACGCACCCGCGCCCGCACCGGCGCUCGCGUCACCGAGCUACGCGCCUCCUCCAGGUCCUCCGCCACAACAGCACCCGACGAACCCCUUUGCCGCAUACGACAGCACGACGUCCGUGCAGUCCGAGGCAGGCUCGCUCCCCCCGAGCUACUCCGAGCUUGGAUAUAGAUGAUCGCGCGGUCGGGCGGUUGAGUCGCCUGUCUGCGUCUGGCACUGCGAGGGUGUCGAGGGCGUCGAGGGACACGCUCGACUCGUUGGUGGCGCUGUAUGUGUAGUGAUUUGAUACCCCUGCCCUGCCACUGCCAAGCGCGUCCCCUCGUUCUCACGUCAUGUCGCGCCUUGUCUGCGAUGUAAUGUAUGCGCUGUGCAGACGAGGUGUCUGCCUCUUCCUUUCUCUCGAGAUCUUUUCUCUAGUAACACGUGGACGUUUCAACGCUGUAAUUCUUGACAUUAGCAUCAAUUCUUGCAUGAUCCAUGAUGCUCGAUAGUGGCUGGCGUGAGACUGUAAAGAAUAUAGCGAGACGAACAACUCA